CUUAGCCAGUAACCACAUCGUAGCACGUCGUUCACCCAGGUCAGCCGCUGCAGUUCGCUUAAAUACUCGUCUGUCAUCACACUUCACCCAGGUUUUCCCCCUACAUCAGCAGCAAUGUCUAGAAGGCCUAUUCACGACGCCCUCGGCGACUCUGACGCUGCGUUGCUGGACAUGCUUACCGGGCCAUCGGCGCCAACCGCAACUACCUUUGCACGGAGGGAUGCAGCACUUGACCCUCUAAUCAUGGCGGCUGCAUUCGCUUCGGGUCCUCAGGUUACCCGAAAUCAUUACCACCAUGACUUCUUUCCGGGAGUCAUGCUACCAAAAGCAGAAGGCGCAUGGGAUUGGACCAAAUUUACUGGGCAGGAUGCGUCUGCACCUGAACGGAAGAAGCUGGCCUAUGUUAGUAGGCAAGCGCCUCGUAGGCAGCGCCUAGCGUUGGAAGGGAAGGAAAACGACCAACCAUGGGAACAGACUGCCGCUUCGCUUUCGCCCAUUGAGAACCUUUCUCUCUCUCACAAGAGACGCCGUACCUCGUUAUCCACCUCUGUGUUUCCUCCGGCUCUUUCUGCCAGCCAGUCAACAGAGGCGGCUUCCGAUGUGAUCCCGAAAGACCCGGCCGCGGACCUCGACCUGAAAUGUAUGGCUCGAACGAGAAUACCGACGCCCCAUGGCCCAGUCUUCCUACAUCUCUACCACAAUAACCGGGACGACAAAGAGCAUUUAGCUAUCGUUGUCGACCCCGUCCAGCUCGCAGACAAACCCAGCGCGGUUUCCCCGCCCCCCAUCCGGUCACACACCCUGGAUGCUGUAUGGAGCAAUGAUGAAACGGAAAUGGAUAGAAUCACACGCGGUGCCUAUGUAGGUAGGUUAUCACCUACCUCUCAGCAUGCGUCUAUGCCGCCAUCCGAUGCUGCCGGAGUAACCAUAGCCCUCCCCGCGCCUCUCAUCAGAAUACACUCGGAAUGCUUUACCGGCGAGACCGUUGGCAGCAUGCGGUGUGACUGUGGUGAGCAGUUAGACGAAGCUAUUCGUCUAAUAUCGCAACCUAUCGCGAUUUCUUCGUCAUGCCCAAUGAACUCGUCCCCCUCUAUCCCAGGUCGCGGUGUCGUUGUCUACCUGAGACAAGAAGGGAGGGGAAUCGGGUUGCUCUCCAAAAUACGCGCGUAUAACUUACAGGAUAUCGGGCAUGACACCGUUACUGCUAACCUGAUGCUCGGUCACGGGGCCGAUGAACGCGGGUACGACAUUGCCGUUGCGAUUUUGCGUGACCUCGGGUUAGAUGGUGGUGUCCGAGUUUUGACGAAUAACCCGGACAAAGUCCAGGCACUGGAGAAAGAUGGGCUGAGGGUUGUUGAGCGUGUUCCGAUGAUACCUAGGAGCUGGAAAUCUCGUCAAGCGGGUUCCAAGGUGACUUCGGAUGUUGAUCCGAGGCUCUCCAAGGUGGAAGAUCAUCUUGUUGGGGCCACACUUAUUGGUGGGAAAGCUGUCUAUGGGGAGGAUCUGGACAAGUAUCUGCGAACAAAGGUGUUGAAAAUGGGCCACAUUCUGCCACUAUGGAUGGAAGAUGUGGAAGCCUAAUAUUGUCUUUUGAAACUACAGUUUUGUUAUUCACUCAUUAUUCGUGAAGGAAUGAGGAUAAGGAUCACAUACUACUGUCUACUACUCUAUAAUAAAUUGUAAUUCUCAUGGUGAUACCAUUUUUGCUGUGCACAAAGUAAUAACAAGUAGGGCAGAUCAUCAUGAUAUAAAUUUAGUGUGGUUCGCCUGCC